AUCAUAAACUUCAACAUGGUAUUAGAGCUUCGAUCACUCAUAGUCUUUCAUAUCUAAUUUUUUCCCCUAUGUCGUUAUCUUCUCCAGAUGAGGUUGAUGCAACCUCCGAUCACACUUCUUCUCAAAUUCAUAUCCCCAAUUCCUCCGAACCUAAUAAACCCCUCAUCUCCGUUCACCUUGGAAAUGUUAUUAAGCUUUCUCCUACCAACUAUCUCUCAUGGAAACUUCAAGUUCAAUCCAUUCUUACGGGAUACAACCUUGACGGUUUUCUUGACGGAUCAUAUCCCUGCCCUCCAUCUACUAUAAUCACCACUGGCUCUCCUACACCAGUAUCAAAUCUUGCUCACACAUCCUGGAUCCGCCAAGAUAAAUUAAUUUUUGGUGCCUUAAUUGGUACUCUUACCCCUCCUGUCGUCCCUCUCAUCACCCGCACCACCACUACCAAAGCUGCCUGGGACACGCUUGCUUCUGUUUAUGCCCAACCAUCCCGUGGGCAUAUCAAGCAACUUAAAUCUCAACUCCGCAAAUACACCAAAGGCUCUAAAAGUAUUAGUGAAUAUAUGCACUUUAUAAAAAAUGUUGCUGAUGAACAUGCUCUCCUUGGCAAACCUAUGGAUCAUGAAGACUUUAUUGAGUAUUCUUGAUGGCCUGGAUGAUGCCUGUAAACCUGUUAUUGAUGCUGUUGAAGGCCGUGAGACAUUCAUCACGUUUACUGAGUUACAUGAAAAGCUCAUUAAUCGUGAACUUAAAUUACUUGAAGGAUCUGAAUCUACGCCCACUCCUAUUACUGCUAAUAUUGCUCGAGGACCCCCCCUCUUCUAGUUCUCGUGGACGUGGUGGCCGCCAUUCCACUUAUGGUCGUGGUUCCUCUUCUGGCCGUGGCACUCCAUCUAGGGCUUCUCGCCCUUAUCUCGGUACAUGUCAGGCAUGUCGUACGCAAGGACACACUGCUCGAUCGUGCCCUCUAUUUCGUUUAAUGGUAACCUCUUCUCCAGCACCUACCAAGUGUGCUGCCCCUCCUUGGCCACAUCAUGAUUCCAACACAUCCUGGACAACUCAGACUCGUCCUCCAUGGCAGUCUCCUCAAGCCCUUACAGCCCCGGGUCCAGGUCUUUUGGGUCCUGCUCCAUCCUCUCCGUGGAUAUUUGACAGUGGGGCGACUCACCAUCUUACUUCUGAUCUUGCCAAUUUUUCGUUGCAUACUCCAUAUCCUGGCAUUGAUGAAGUCAUUGUUGGAAACGGUAGUAGUCUUCCCAUUAUUUUACGGGUUCCGGAUCUCACCACGGGGGCAACACUCCUCCAAGGUCCGGCUAAAGAUGGACUCUAUGAAUGGCCAUCUCUGUCAACUUCCUCACCUCUAGCAUUUUCUGAAGUCCGUGUCUCUUCCCACCGGUGGCACUCUCGUCUUGGUCAUCCCUCCUCAGCAAUUUUCCGUCAUAUUUUAUCCAAAUUACAAUUAUAUCAUGUAUCUUCCUCAUUAUUUAAUUGUGAUUCAUGUCAAUGUAAUAAGAGUCAUAAACUCCCAUUUACUAGUUCAUCAAUAAAAUCUUCUCAUCCAUUAGAAAUUAUUUUUUCUGAUGUUUGGAUCUCUCUAGUAGUCUCC